AUGGUGGGCGACGGCCAGCACGGCCACACGACGUACCUGGCCCCCGCGCUGCUGCACCUCCUGGAGCACCUCCCCGUCACCGUGCUGGACAUCGCCAGCCUCUUCGAGCACUCUGCGCACGCCACCCAGGAGACGUGUAUCCACCGCAUGCGCCAGGCCCGGCAGCACCUCCCUGGGGUGCUCUACUUGCCGGACCUCACGUCGUGGUGGGGCUUGGUGGACGAGGCGACGCGGGGCGUGUUCCUCACCCUGGCCGGCCGCCUGGACGGCGCCACCCCGCUCCUGGUGCUGGCCACCGCCCACACCGCGUACCGCGACCUGCCGGCCCACCUGCGUCAACUGUGGAGCGAGGACCAGGGCGAGGUGUUCAGCAUGGCCCCGCCCUCCGCGGACGAGCGCGAGGCCUACUUCCGGCCGCUGCUGCUGGGGCACGCCGUGGCCCCGCCGCCCGCCCCCGCGGCCCCCGCGGCGUCCUCCCUCACGACCACAGAGCGCGAAGGCGGCUCAGGGUCGCCGCCGCGCCAGUCCGAGUCCGCCGACUCGCUGUCGGGGGAGUACUUGGUGACGGGGGAGGACGGCGACGAGGACGGCGAGGACCUCGGCCUUGGCGCUCUUGACGACGUCGACCUGGACGACGACGGGCCGCUGCUGGGCCGCCUGGGGCGGGCGUGUGCGGACGCGGACGACCCCGACGAGGACCGCGUCCAGGACCCGGACGGCGUCGGCGCCGAGGUGCACGUGGACCGCGCGGGGCUGGGCGGGGUGCUGCGCCGGGUGGUCCGCGUCACGGCCGACCGGCCCGUCCGCGUCCUGGAGACGCUGCACGCCGCCCUGGCCGGCGUCGUGGCCAAGUUCGUCGUGCUGGCCGACCGCAGGGACCUCGUGCAGGCCCUGGAGUCCGUGGUGGACGCCUUCCAGCAACGUGGCGAGACGCAGAGUCCCUCCACCCCCGCCACCCCGGACGGAUAA